UGAAUUUAUAGAUUUUUCUGCAAACCCUACGCUUGACGAAGCUUCUUCAGAACAGUCAGGUGUUUCCCUGCCACUUCCGGGUCAAGUGGACUUGGAACAGUACGACUCAUCAUGCGCGUUUGACGAAGGACCCUUUCGUCGACAGAACUAUUCCCUUCUGGAGUCGGAACCCAGCUAUGACCAUCUAUCAGCGUUUAACAAUCACCCGGAUGCUAGCACCGUCAGCUCAUUUGGAUGUGGAUAGUCUUCUCCUUCUUUAGAUACUCAUGUCUCCCAGAGUUCCACUCCUCUCGUCCCGCUGCCCCAAGCCAAUAUUCCCUUUACUUCGCCAGCAGCCUGGCCGAUGACCUGGCAGGAUCCGCAGCUGAACGGGGAACGCACCCAACCUUCACCUCUAGCAACACACACCCAGGAAGCACACGCUCGGAAGGCUUGAUCGAUCCGAUUAGGAAUGCAGAGAAUAAAUUGGAGUGCCCGCAUUGCAACAAGACGUACCUCCUCUUGAGGCAUUUAAAGCGCCAUUUGCUUAGACAUAUGGGAGAGCGUCCUUACCAAUGCCAUCUUUGCAAGGAUACGUUUCCGCGCAGUGAUGUUCUGAGGCGCCACUUCCAGAAAUGCACAAUUCGUCGCGGUAACCCAGCCGGCCAGAAUUAUCUUGCGAACUCGCAGUCUCACCUUAGCGAGAUUCCAUUACCAGGGGCCAGAUUGGAGGCACAAAAUCCUCCGAGUAAGUCGUCGAAUACCCUUUCGCCUCCUUUUUGCUCUGCAUCCUUCUCAGAUUCUAUGACCAAUCCCGAUAAUGCGCUCCCCUGGGUGCCCGAUGCUAUGACGGCUCGAUCGACUACUAGUCGACCCUCUAGUCGUGCUAGUUCCGCAGGCAGCACACAGAGCCAACGUGGGAGGAGCCGUAUAUCUACAUUCUUCCGCAGGUCAUCAAGUGCACACAGCAAAGCCAGCUCUGGCUACGAAGAAAUCGUUUUGGACGCCAAUCCUACUCGCUCUUCUAGCCAAACUUCGGCCUUAUCCGGGCGUCGUGGUCCGACGGGCAAUUUGGCAAAAGCAACGAUGAACGCAAUCAAGAAAGUGGGCGCAUUUUGGCGGUGUAAGAUCUUGAGGAAGACUGUAAGUGCAACAAUAACUCGUCAGAAAUCCGUGUACACUUUUCUACCGCUGCUUGAAGCUCCUCGAUGCCGUUUCUGGUUUUCAAACUUUGUUGAUUGGAGCAAUCAGUAAGCUUGCCGAACCACCUCAGGUAGUGGCUGAUGGAAGUACACAGUGAGCUGUUCUGUUCGUCACUCUAGUUUCUAUAAGCAUGUUGGAGCACUACGAGCAGUGCCAGAACAGUGUACAUGGAUCAAUAAAGAGGCACUGUACC